AUGAGAUUGGAGAUGAGAUUGGAGAUGGGAUUCAAAGAGACGGGAUUGCAGAGGGAAGCAAUAGGGGACGCUGUUGCUCUGAAGUGGAGUGGUGGGUUUGACCUCAGGAAGGAGGAAAAGUCGGUGCUGGAGAUGCUGCCUUCGUUCAACACAUAUGCAGCGGCGAGGUCACCGUCGAUGCUGAAUUCAACACCGUACGCAGCGGGUUCGGUCGCCGUCGGUGCUGAGUUCACCAUCACCCACAGCAGCCAGCAGGACGACCGGCGAACCCGCCGCCGCAAGAGAACGGAAAUCUCGCACCUCUCGUGCCAGCGCCAAAGUCUCCAACUCUUGCAAACUCAGUCAUCGCAAGCGUUGGAAGUGCUCGAGCGGGAAAUACGAUGGUUGGAGAAGAAGAAGAAGUGGUGGUGUGAUGAUGGGUCGUUGAUGAUGAUGCGGAGGAGUGCUGGGAUGAGAGGGAUGGAAGAAGGGAGGAGGGAUCAGACGGUGCAGCAUUACGCUUUGAUGAAUGGUGGGCUGCUUCUUGAGGAGUGGGUGGGGGAGUUGACUACUACGGCGGAUGAUGUUGUUGGUGGAGCUGAUGAGGAAGAUGGUGGUGAUGAGGCGGACGUUGAGAAGGAAAAUGUCUCAUCAGCAGACCUCGACGACGACUCAGAACACGUCGAAAAAUUCUCAUCGCCAAAACCCAUCCAAUCGUCAUCCGAUCCCGCCCCCAUCGUCGCCUCCCCCUCCAGGGGCUUCUCCUCGACCACCCCGGCCGCCGCUUUCAAUCAUUCACCACCCACCACUUCUCCUCCUCCUCCAGGACCUCCACACUCCGACGCCAGUCACUCCACCUCCGGUCUCCUCCAAGAAGCCACCUCCCUCACCCGCGGCAUGUUCGGUCUGGUGUCCAUGAACGCCGUUGCCGGCGCUUCCGCCGCGCAAAAGGGGGAGUGGAGGGAGGUGAAGCGGUUGGUGGAUGAGAUGAAGGAAGCGCUAGGGAGUGGGGAUUUGAAGGCGUUGUUGGGGCAGGCGGUUGAGUAUGAGAGUUGGUGGGGUAGGGGGGACCGACACGUCUUCUCUCCAGGAAUACGGCUGCUGUUGGCAACUUCUGUGUACGACAAUAAGAUUAGUACGGACUUUGACGGCGAUCUUGCUGCUGCGUACUGUGUUGAAUCCACCAUCGACCUCGUUGCUACAUACUACGUGAAGAUCAGCACUGACUUUGACGGCAGUCCUGCUGUCAUAGGCGAUGGUGAAUUCAGCACCGAGCUCGUCGGCAGUCCUAGCUGCGCUGCAUACGACGAACGGAUUCGGAAACCGACCUGGCGUUGCAAAACCCAUCCCUCCCAUACACACCCACAGUACGUCCCUCUCAAUCUCGUUGACCGCUCAGUCAACCCCCACAACCUCUCAACCUCUUUACCAACCAUGCCUCCCGCACCACCAACCUUCGGCCUCACGCUCCUCACCCCAACUCAACUCCUCUCCCGCAACGCAGCCAACGCCCGCUCCCACCCCCUCAAACCGCACCCUCACUCCCUCACCAUCCUCACAACCUGGUGCUCCAAAUACGCCCUCGACCGCUACCACAUGCCAGACGCCACCAACCUCCUCCAUCUGCUCGAGAAGAUGAACUACAUCCAGGGUCUGCAGAACGAGGAAGAAGUAUGUGAGGUGGCGUUUCGGGUUGGGUCGAUUUUGAUCAAGAAGUUUUUAGGGGUGAAGAGGGAGGGGGAUGGGAGGGCGGCGACGGCGAAGGAGGUGGGGGUUUUGAGUGGGGAGGUGGGAGGGUUGUGGAUGGAGAUGAGGGGUCGGAAAGGUGGGGAGGAUAGAGUGGGAGAGGAGGGAGUCGAAGAAAUUAAGCAUGAGAAGAAAGUCGAAGAAGUGGAGAAUGGAGAGGAGGAGGUCGGAGAUGGUGAACAUGGAAAGGAAGGAGUCAAACAUGUCGAGCAUGAAGAAAACGCGCUCGACGAUGGAGACUCACUUGCUCGCCUGGAAAAUGCGUACGCCACGAGAGUGCAGCAGCAGCCACACAAGUCCGCUGCCCAGCAGUCCCACUCCAAAGGUCACCCACGCAAAGCGACUCUCGCAGCAGCCGCCGUUGAUGAGCCCAAGACUCCUGCUCCGAUCAUCACGGCCAAAGUCAAGAGCACUCCUCGCCAGAUCAAGCCUGCUCCAGCCCAUCUGCUCAAGACGACCAACGAACCCGCGCAGAAAGACGACGUCCUCGAGACCAAACUCAACCAAGCCAAGCUCUACAUGGCCAAAGUCAACAAGACCAAGCUCGACCAACUCUACAAGCAACGUGAGGUGUUGAUCAAGAGUAUAGCCGCGAGGAAGGCCGAGGAAGAGAGGCUCGAGAAGAAGUUGAGGGUCAAGAGGGAGGAGAUGGUUUUGCUGAUGAUGUCGAUUGAUGCUUGA